GCGCGCGCGCGCGCGCACCUGACAGCGCGGCACGCAUGCGCUCGCCAAAUCCGCCUUCCCAUUGGCCGCCACCACAUGGUCUGAUGUCAGACCACGGAACCCAUCCAAUUCAAUAAUAAGGAGAUGCCCAAGAGCCGGGUUAGACGGCAGCCAGUCCUCCAUUUAGUCGCCGAUGUCGAACGGUUGCCUUCGCAACAAGAUAGACUUGCUCGCACCGUGAGUCAAGCGAGUGCAUUUAUUCCACGCGACUUCACGAUAACAUUGAUACGCGUAGCUCAGCGAGGAAGCAGCGCAGUCAGUCAAUCAGUCAUCAGUCAUCAGUCAGCCAGCCAGCCAGCCAGCCAGCCAGCCAGCCAGCCAGCCAGCUAGCCAGCUAGCCAGCCAGCUAGCCAGUCGCCGCGGUCACAUUCAAAAGAUCGACGCGAUCGCGCCACCGCGACACGGACGAUCUUUUCCUCCUCUGCCCCUGCGACGACGUUUCUCGCUUCGCUUUCCGUCGGGAUUAUAUUUGCACACGAAGCUAAUUCAGGUGAAGACUCCAAGGACGUGAGGAAGGACUCGAAGGGCCAGAUUCAAGCUACUCAGCAAAGAUGCCCGCCCAGUUCGAAAGUGUUAACAGUCCCGUGACGCGGGAACCCAUGGUAACUAAUGGAGUGCCGUAUUCCCUCGACAGUGACAUCGUCAUCACAGGCAUUUCAGGUCGUUUGCCUGAGUCGGAAGAUAUCGAGGCGUUCAAGCAAAACCUGAUGGAGGGUGUGGACAUGAUCACGGACGAUAAUCGCCGUUGGCCGGGCGGCAUCUUUGGGUUACCACACAGAACCGCCAAGAUCAAAGAUCUCAGCAGCUUCGACGCCUCCUUCUUCGGGGUGCACCCGAAGCAGGCGAACGUAAUGGACCCGCAACUUCGCAUUCUAUUAGAAAGCACGUUCGAGGCAAUAGUUGACGCUGGCGUCAACCCAUUCACCGUGAGAGGAACACGCACCGGAGUGUUCGUCGGUGUCUCCUCCGCGGAAUCGGACGACUUUUGGACGAAAGAUGCGGAGAGUGUAAACGGAUACGGAUUGACCGGGUGUUGCAGAGGUAUGCUCGCCAACAGAAUCUCCUUCACGUUCGACUUCACCGGGCCGAGUUACGCCAUGGACACGGCGUGUUCGUCGUCCAUGUACGCGUUGUCUCAGGCGGUCGCAGCGAUGCGCAGCGGCGACUGCGACGCUGCGAUCGUCGGCGGGGUAAAUCUCCUGCUGAAACCCACGAAUUCGUUGCAAUUUCAUCGGCUGAACAUGCUGUCCCAAGACGGCAAGUGCAAGGCAUUCGACGCCGCCGUCAACGGUUACGCGAGGGCCGAGGCAGUGGUGGCGUUAUACCUGCAGAAAGCAAAGGAUGCACGUAGGGCCUAUGCCACGGUGGUUCAUGCGAAGGUAAACACAGACGGCAACAAGCCCGAGGGUAUCACAUACCCGAGCGGACGUAUGCAGAACCAGUUGAUGCGCGAGGUGUACUGCGAGGCGGGCAUUAAUCCCGCGGACGUGGUUUACGUGGAAGCGCAUGGGACCGGCACGAAGGUGGGCGACCCGGAGGAAAUCAACUCCAUCGAUCAGCUAUUUUGCAAAGACAGAAAGACACCUUUGCUGCUCGGCUCGGUCAAGUCCAACAUGGGACAUUCGGAACCGGCGAGCGGUUUGUGCGCGAUCGCCAAAGUGUUGAUCGCGAUGGAAAGCGGCGUGAUCCCCCCGAAUUUGCACUUCAACGUUCCGAAUCCAGACAUACCCGCUUUGAUCGAGGGACGUAUUCGAGUGGUCGACAAGACCACACCGUGGAAUGGCGGACUCGUGGCAGUUAACUCAUUCGGCUUCGGUGGCGCAAACGCGCACAUUAUUUUGCGUAGCAACCCGAAACCGAAGCUAUCGCCGAUGCUGAACACCAGCGAGCCCGUGUUGAAACUGGUCGCAGUGUCAGGUCGCACAGAGGAGGCGGUGCACGCCAUGUUGAACGAGGUCUGGGAGCAUCAGAACGACGACGAGUUCCAUGCGCUGCUACACGCCGUGCACAAGAACGACAUAUCAGGUCACAGGUUCCGUGCUUACGAGAUCUUCGGUGUCCACAGUUCGCGCGAGGUCGCCGAGGUAGCGAUGCAGGACGAGCGACGUCCUAUCUGGUUCGUGUUUAGCGGCAUGGGCACACAGUGGCCGGGUAUGGGCCGCGCGCUGCUCAGCAUCGAGACCUUCCAACGUAGCCUGCGACGGAGCGCGGACGCGUUGAAGCCCUACGGCAUCGAUCUCAUGAACAUCAUCAUCAACGGCACCGACGAGAACGUGGUAGAAACUUUCGUGUCACUUGCAGCUAUCCAAGUCGCUCUCGUCGACGUGUUGACGCUGAUAGGCGUCCAACCGGACGGCAUCGUCGGACACUCCGUCGGAGAAUUGGGCUGUGCAUACGCCGACGGUACGUUCACGCCGGAGCAAACUGUCCUGGCCGCUUACUGCAGAGGUAAGGCGAUCCUGGACACCAAGCUGAAACCAGGAGCUAUGGCGGCGGUCGGUCUGAGUUGGCAAGAGGUGAAGGAGAUGUGUCCGCCCGACAUCAUCCCAGCCUGCCACAAUGCCGCGGACUCGGUCACCAUUUCUGGCCCGGUCGAGUCUAUGCGAGCGUUCGUGGAGCAAAUGAAGAGCAAGAACAUCUUCGUCAAAAUGGUCAACAGCUCCGGCAUCGCCUUUCACAGUAAAUACAUCGCGUUAGCGGGGCCGAAGCUGCGCGCUUCGCUCGACGAGAUCAUAGCGAGUCCGAAACGCAGGUCGGCCAAGUGGAUCUCCAGUUCGAUACCCGAAUCCGCAUGGGGCAGCCCGCUCGCGCAAUUCAAUUCAUCCGCGUACCACGUGAACAAUCUGCUGUCGCCGGUUCUCUUCCAAGAGGCGAUCGCGCACAUCCCGGUGAACGCGAUCACGAUCGAGGUCGCGCCGCAUUGCCUGCUGCAGGCGAUUCUGCGCAGGUCGCUGCCGCCAACGGUCACCAACCUUAGUCUGCACAAACGCGAUCAUCCCAACAACUUGGCCUUCCUUUUGUCCAACGUGGGUAAGCUGUACAUGACCGGCGCGCAGCCGGACAUUGCCAAGCUGUAUCCGCCGGUGAGCUUCCCCGUUGGCCGUGGAACGCCAAUGAUCAAUUCGCUGAUCAAGUGGGAUCACUCCAUCGAAUGGGAAGUUGCGUCUUUCAAGAAUAUGGCAAGUCAGUCGGGAGAGACCAUUAUACAGGUGAAUCUGUCGAACGAAACGGACGAGUAUAUAGCGGGUCAUCAAAUAGACGGCCGAAUCCUCUUCCCAGCUACCGGCUAUAUGUUGCUCGUGUGGAAAACAUUCGCAAAACUGCGCGGAGCCGACUUCGAGCAACUGCCGGUGGUCUUUGAGAACGUACACUUCCAGCGCGCCACCAUCAUACCGAAGGGGGGCCUGGUUAAAUUCGCGAUCAACAUCUUCGAGGGUACGGGUAAUUUUGAGAUCUGCGAGAGUGGCACGGUCGCCGUUAGCGGAAGCAUUCGCAUGUCCAGUAACAUCAAGGAGGACCAGCUGACGUUACCACCGCCGUCCGAGACUAUCGACGAGGGAGUCCUGCCUCUCAAUACCAAUGAUAUCUACAAGAAGUUGAGGCUGUGCGGUUACGAGUAUCGCGGUAUCUUUCAGGGGAUCAAGAGUGGUAACGGCUACGGGACUAUCGGCGAGCUUUCCUGGGUUAACAAUUGGGUCUCCUACAUGGACUCUAUGCUCCAGUUCAACAUAUUGAUUUCCAAGCACCAAUUGUUGUAUCUGCCGUCACGCCUCCAAUACGGUGCGAUCGAUCCCACUGUUCAUCGACAAUUGCUCGAUGCAUCAUCGAAGGACGCCAGCUUGCCGGUGUAUAAUUACAAGGAUCUCAAGAUUAUUAAGUCAGGUGGCAUCGAGUUCAGAGGCUUGAAAACGUCUUUGGCACCGCGUCGCCAGCAGACCCAGGUCAGUCCUACACUCGAACGAUAUACGUUCCUGUCAUACGAAAAUCCGUCCAGGUUUGCCAAGGAGGACUCUUGGGACAAGAUGCACACGUUCAACGUGCUGCUACAAAUCGUUCGCGAGAAUAUGAUAUCGUCCAAGAUAAAGGUGGUGGAGGUCAUGGGCGAGCGAACUCCGAAAGAUUUGUUGGCACCUCUUCUGCUCGAGUGCCUCAAUAGUACAUCUUUAAUUAGUGCUGUCGAGUUUCAAGUAGCUGUCGUCUCACCGGAUAAUCAUGCAGCGAGUCUUAGCAAAAUGAAGCUGCAAGUUGUAGUGCGAGAUGUGAAAAAUGUACCACCUGCUCAAGAUGUUAAUCUCGUUGUGGCGGCGAACGUAUUGUCCGAUCAAUCAUGUAACGUCCUGAAGAAUCUAACGGCUGCUUUGAAACCCGACGGUUUCGUUCUUCUGGAGGAGACCGAAACUCAACUCGCUCAAGUUGACCUGAGAGCCAUGCUCAAGAAGGCAGAUCUGGUGUUGGUUAGCAAGCAAAUCAACUCUGCAGAAAAUAUCUACUUAUUGCUGAAGAAGCGAUCGCAAAAGAAGGGAGAACCGAUCGUCGUGUACAUCACGGAGAAAAAUCUCUCCUGGCUGAAGGAACUGAAAGCAGCACUGCAGAAAUCCAAUGACGAGCAGCAACAAGUGCUCUUGGUGUCCCAAGGCGAAGAGUUGCUUGGUCUAGUUGGGCUUAUGACAUGCAUCCGACAAGAGACUGGUGGUGGAAACGCGCGCUACAUGUUUAUCUGCGACAAAAACGUUCCCAAGUUCGAUCUGAACGUAGAGUUGUACGCCAAUCAACUGGACAAAGGACUGGUGGCGAACGUGCUGUACAGAGGAGUGUGGGGCAGCUAUCGGUUCCUGCAAUUGCCUCAACAGAACAACAUACCAUGCGUACAAAGCAAGAACGCCUACGUGAACACGCUGGUCAGGGGUGACUUGAGCAGCUUAAGAUGGGUCGAGAGUCCGUUGAAAUACCGUCAAUCCGACAAACUUCUCUGCGAGGUGUAUUACGCGCCAUUGAACUUCAGAGAUAUCAUGCUAGCUACUGGAAAGCUACCGCCGGACGCCUUGCCGAGAAAGAUGGCCACGGAGGAUUGUAUAUUAGGACUGGAAUUCUCCGGAAGACUCGAGGAUGGCCGUAGAGUGAUGGGAAUGGUCGAGGCUCGUAGUUUGGCGACUACUCUCUUAGUUGAUCCCGGUUUCCUCUGGGAGGUACCCGAUAAGUGGACGCUGGAACAAGCGGCAACGAUACCGGUCGUUUACUCGACCAGCUACUACGCUCUGUUUGUACGGGGUCAGCUGAAAGCAGGCGAGAGCGUAUUGAUUCACGCCGGAACUGGCGGCGUCGGCCAUGCGGCGAUCACCAUCGCCUUGCACGCCGGUUGCACUGUUUUCACCACUGCCGGCACACCGCAAAAAAGGAAGUACCUCUUGAACACCUUCCCGCAACUGAACGACAAGCACAUCGGUAAUUCCCGCGACACCAGCUUCGAGCAGAUGAUUCUCACGGAGACACAGGGACGUGGAGUGGAUGUAAUAUUGAAUUCGUUGGCGGAGGAGAAACUGCAGGCCAGCAUACGGUGUCUCGCGCAAAACGGUCGCUUCCUGGAAAUCGGCAAAUAUGAUAUGUCCAAUGACAACUGCGUCGGAAUGUCCAUGUUCCUGAAAAACACGUCCUUCCAUGGUAUAUUGCUGGAAAUGCUGUUCGACGAAUACGCGGAGAAGCAGGUGAUGCAAUUGGUCACGGAAGGGAUCGCGAACGGCGCGGUGCAGCCACUACCCACGAUCGUGUUCUCGGAGCAGCAGCUCGAGGACGGAUUCAGAUACAUGGCGGCGGGCAAGCACAUCGGCAAGGUAGUGCUGAAGAUUCGUAACGAGGAGCCGAAGAAGUGUGUGCGGCCGGUACCGAUACUCGUCCCUGCCGUGCCGCGUACUUAUAUGGAUCCGAGGAAGUCGUACGUGAUAGUCGGUGGCCUUGGCGGCUUCGGUCUGGAAUUGACGAACUGGUUGAUCGCACGUGGCGCCAAGUACAUCGUUCUCGUGUCACGUUCGGGCAUACGCACCGGCUACCAGGCGUUCUGUGUGCGACAAUGGCGCGAGAACGACAUCACGGUCUUCAUUUCUACGGCGGACGCUACGACGCUAGCGGGUGCUGAGCGCCUGUUCGCCGAGAGCAACAAGCUCGCACCGGUGGGCGGCGUAUUCAACUUGGCGGUCGUGUUGCGUGACGCCUUGAUCGAGAAUUUGGAGGAGGACGAUUUUAAGACGGUGAUGUUGCCGAAGAUUGACGUCACGAGACACCUGGACAUCGUGUCAAGGAAGGCUCACGUGCCGUUGGAUUAUUUCGUCGUGUUCUCCUCCAUUUCUUGCGGCUGCGGCAACAUAGGUCAGACCAAUUACGGUUUCGCGAACUCGGCUAUGGAGAGGAUAAUAGAGGACAGACAUCGGAACGGCUUGAAAGGCCUUGCGAUUCAGUGGGGUGCGAUCGGAGACGUCGGCAUAAUUACCGAAUUAAUGGGUGACAACGACAUCAUGAUAGACGGCAUUCUGCCGCAACUUCUGUCAAGCUGCCUCAAGACCAUAGACAGCUUCCUAUCCAUGGAGCAACAAUACCCGGUGCUAUCUUCCAUGGUGAUAGCUGAGAAGCACAAAUCCGAUGACGGUAACAAAAUCGGCCUCGUGGAAUUGAUUGCCAAUAUCCUGGGCAUUAAAGACGUGAACUUGCUAAAUCCUAACAACAGCCUGGCCGACGUGGGCAUGGACUCGCUGAUGGGCACGGAGAUCAAGCAGAUUCUCGAGAGAAAUUACGACAUCAUACUGUCGCCGCAGGAUAUUCGCACGCUGACGAUCACCAAAUUGCGAGAGAUGUCAUCGGUUAAUAACAAGACUGUUGUUAACGAAUCUUCUGUCGUCGCGAAUGAGGACUCGAACGAGUCUUACAAUAAUUCCGUCGACAUGCUGCUGAUGCAGUGGCCGAGCGAUGACCUGCUGCCGAAGGAGGCUCUGGUGCGCCUGAAGACGAAGGGCUCGAAAGGACCGGCAUUGUUCGUCGUUCACGCGAUCGAGGGCCUCACGAAUUCGCUCGAGCAAAUAGCCAGUCACAUGGAAAGUCCGCUGUGGGGUCUGCAGAGUAUCGAGGUGGCUCCCCACAACACCGUAUCGGAGUUGGCCAAAUUUUACUUGAAUGUCAUUAGAAAAGUCCAGGAUAAGGGGCCGUACAACCUGGCCGGUUACUCGUUCGGCGCGUGUAUCGCUUUCGAGAUGGCCAUACAAUUGGAGUCUGCUGGCCAGAAGGUGGCUUUGACGCUGAUUGACGGCUCACCACUAUACGUGAAACAGCAGGUGGAGAUGAUCGGUAAGAUAGACAUGAACGAGGACUUUACUUCGGACAGUUGUAUGAAGGCGUUGGCGUACUUCACCAUACAAUUGAACAGGGAUGUUACUUUCGGUCAGGCAUACAAAAUUCUGAAGACGACAAAGACGGACGUGGAGAUGUUCGACAAAAUGGUGGAAAUUAUCGGUAACAAACGAUUCUCGAGCGAUGAUCUAAAAAUUGCCGGAUAUCACUUGUUCAAGAAACUGGCGGCCGGCGCGAUCUACGUUCCCACCAAGAAGUUCAAUGGACCAAUCACAUUGAUCAAAGCGACGGAUAACUUUAUACCUCUGGAGAAGGAUUACGGACUGUCCAAAACAUGCAUGCAGCCGGUACGGAUAGAAGAGAUAAUCGGUAAUCACAGGACGAUACUAAUAGGAGAAAGUGCAAAAAAGAUUGCGAGUAUCCUGCAAGCGUAGUUUAAAAAACAUACCGUUGUUCCAGAGCUUGCGCGAAGUUUAAGAAUUACGCUCGAUGAUGUUCCAUGUGUGCGGUAUCGAAGUAGAAUUUAGCGAUCGACUUCUUACUUAUGUAUAAGGACAUUUUCUCUGUAUAUGCCUUUCGUAAUUUUAUUUCAAUGUUGCGAUGUUAUCGGAGGGCCUCCUGUUUUUUUUCUUUUUUUUUUUUGCGAGCAAAAAUAGAUCGUAUAAAAUGGGGAAUACGCAAAUAAAGCGGGACGAGAGGUGUAGCUUUUCAUGAUAGUAUUUCUACGUUACCAAUUAAUACGAGUUAUAUAUAAUCUAAUAUGUUAUCGUAGUAUUUAAGUUUACGGGUACGUCUUUAAGUUUAUUUGAAGAAUUUGUUUUUAAGACUAUAUUAUUAAGCGAUUAUUUCAAACGAAGGAUUUUCGUUGAGUCUAAGUUUAACCUGUAUCUAUUUAUUUAAAUUAUUCUGAUAACCGAGAGACCUAUCGCGCGUUAUUUCUUUUUUCAAAUAGUGAUCAAUCGGUACUUUAGUUUUUUUUUACGCAAAUUAGUAUUGUUCUUUCUAGCCGCUAUGUAACAAGAAAAAGCCCUCCUCUCCCUGUUGCUUUUCAUCGCACGAUGAAAUUGUAAAUAACAAUGACAAAAUAUACCAAAGCGCAAAUAUAUCGACGCAAUUAUUAAUCAGUGAUAAACUGUCGCUCUCUCAUUGUUCCUAAAUAUUGUUAUUAAAGCGUUAUCGUGUCAUGAAAUUAGUCCAACGGUGUAUAAUAAUCUCAUAUAUUGCACAUUCCGUUAAUAGUUACAGAUUCUCGGUACAAUGACAAGAGAAAGGGGCUAGGUCUGCGAACAUUUCAGCAAGAAUGUUGUAUUUUCGACAAACUUGGAGAAAAAGACGUUAAACACGCUAUGUGUAUUAUCUGCUAACAUCGUAUCCGCUUACGUAUCGUAUUAUUACGUAAAAGAAAAUAAUCGUUAUAGAAAUAUGCGAAACAGCACCUUGUAUAGUUGAUGUAAUGUUCAUUCCAAUAUACUUGCAUUUUAAUUCAA